UAAAAUAAUAUUCCAAACUCCAAACUCUAUAAAAGCCCACAAGACCUUAUGACAUAACUCACCAAAACAAAUUCCCUUAAUACUAAUUGUUUAUUGUUAAACUCAGAUAUUUUUUGAAGUUUUGCAAACUUGCAAUGGCUACAAAUCAAGAAGAUGUGAAACUUUUGGGAGCUACAGGAAGCCCAUUUGUGUGCAGAGUAAGGAUUGCUCUAAAAUUGAAGGAAAUUGAAUACAAAUAUGUUGAAGAAAACUUAGGCAAUAAAAGUGAAGAACUCAUCAAGUAUAAUCCAGUUUAUAAAAAGGUUCCAGUUUUUGUUCACAAUGAUAAGCCCAUAUCAGAGUCACUUGUGAUUCUUGAGUACAUUGAUGAGAUUUGGAAGCAAAAUCCAAUCUUGCCUAAUGAUCCUUAUCAAAGAUCUUUGGCUCGUUUCUGGUCUAAGUUCAUAGAUGAUAAGAUUGUAGGUGCUUCAUUUAAAUCCGUUUUUACAAUUGAUGAGAACGAGCGCGAGAAGCAUAUUGAAGAAGCAACCGAGGCUCUACACAUUCUCGAGAAUGAGCUGAAGGGAAAGUUCUUUGGAGGAGAAGAGAUUAACUUUGUGGAUAUUGCUGCUGUCUUCAUUGCUUUUUGGAUCCCUUUGGUUCAUGAAAUUACAGACUUGAAAUUGUUCACUGAUGAAAAGUUUCCAAAGCUUUACAAUUGGAGUCAAGAAUUUCUCAACCAUCCUGUUGUGAAGGAGAGUCUCCCUCCUAGAGACCCUCUUUUCGCCUUUUUCAAAGCUCGCUAUGAGGGCCUUCUUGCUGCUUCAAAAUAGAUCCAUGUACUGUUAUAGAGUACUGAGACUCAAAAUUUUAAGUUUAUGAACUUUUAUCUGUCAUUGAGUUUUUGUUGUUAGGAUUUCAUUUCAAAUUAAUGUUUUUUAAUCUGAGAUUUCUGCAUGUGAAAUCUGAGGAUGUUGUUGUAUUUACUUUCGUAUUUCAAUUAAUAAAGAAAAGGGUGUCUUUCUAUCCAAA